CCCAAACGAUUCGCAUUCCUCUCCUCUACACACUUGCAUGCCUUUAAAAGCUGUUGGUUGCUGCACUCAUGUGAGUUCAUCGUCCGUGUCUCUUUCAUUUCCUUGACUGUUCGUCUUGUCAAGCGUGGUAUCUUGUAAAAACAAUUACAAAAAUUGGGUGUGUUUAGGAGUCGUCAUCAUCAUCAAGAACAAUGGGGAAUCAAGCUGAUAAGAAGUUCACUUGGGUGAUUAAGAAUUUCUCCUCUUUGGGUUCCAAUAAUGUUUAUUCUGAUGUAUUCGAGGCUGGUCGCUGCAAAUGGGGUCUACUCGCCUAUCCCAAGGGAUAUAAUAAUAUUAAUAUCUAUGAUUACUUCUCUCUUUAUAUAUAUGUUCCUAAUUCUAAGUCUUUGCCUUCCGGAUGGAGAAGACACGCUAAAUUUUCUUUUACUAUGGUAACUCAAAUUCCGGGAGAACUCUCCCUACAGCGAGAAGCAGAAUAUUGGUUUGAUCAAAAGAACACAACCAGGGGUUUUCAAUCUAUGUUUCUCCUUUCGGAGAUUCAAAGCAGUCAUAAAGGGUUUCUUGUAAACGGAGAAGUCAAGAUUGUUGCAGAAGUAGAUGUGCUUGAAGUUAUUGGUAUAGUCGAUGUACCCGAGAAACCAGAAAGCUUUGAUAUCAAUGGGUUUCAAGUCCCUGCUUCACAAGUAGAUUCUGUGAACAGUCUGUUUAAAAAGUACCCAGGCUUUGCAUCAAAAGUCUGUCCCAAGAACCCACAUUUGAAGAAAACAUACUUGAAUGUUGUACUAAGUCUGAAUGAGAUUAUGUGCAAGUCCCCUGAUAAACUCUCUAAUGGUGAUCUUGCUGAUGCAUAUUCUGCACUACGAUAUGUGACAAAAGCAGGGUUUAAGUUGGAUUGGUUGGAGAUGAAACUGAAAGAGACUGGUAAGACUAGGCUGCAAGAAAUUGAGGAAGAUUUAAAGGACUUGAAGGUGAAGUGUGCAGACAUGAAUGCUCUGCUUGAGUUCUUACGAUGAUGUUGUUUGAUGAGUAUGGAAAAGUUUGGUUCUUAUUUGUGUUUGGUUUGGUUGUUUGUUUUCGUCUUAGUUUUAAAACAUAGCCCUUUAUAACUUGAGGAAGAUCAAAAGAACUUGUCUUUUGUUUGUUGAGGUUUUGCUAUGUUCUUAAUUAUGUAUUGCACUUUGUUUCUUGAUGGUCAAGU